GUCCCUAAUUUAGCCCAGCAAAAGGGUUCCCCCACCGUUCUCCCGCGAGACAGCCUCGUACAUCGUGUGGCAGGCUGCAGGUGUCCGAUGUGGGAGUGGGACGCCACCUCCCUCGCCGGCGCCCUCAAAUCCGCCGCCACUUGCCGUUCCACUCCCCAUGUCAAACCCCUCCACGCUGUCCUCCUCAAGCUCGGCCUGUCGGCGUCCGCCAUCCUAGCUACCUCGCUCGCGCACCUGGCACUCCGGUGCGGGCUCCCUGGUUACGCCCGCGCUCUGUUCGACGAAAUGCCCAGACGGGACGUGGUCUCCUGGACGUCCCUCAUCACCGGCCACGCUCACCAGGGUCUGCACGGAGACUCUCUCGCACUUCUGCGGCGCAUGGUCGAAUCCGGUGUUGCUCCCAACGGGUACACACUGUCCGGUGGGUUGCUCGCGUGUGCCGGGGUUGGCCAGGGCGCCCUUGCUGCCGGGAAGGAAAUCCAUGCCAGGGUUGUGAAGAUGAGUAUGUAUGGCCCGGUCGAUUCGGUUGUGGAGAACGGGGUUCUUGACAUGUACGCGAGGUGCAGGAAUGUUGACUAUGCGAGGAGAGUGUUUGGGGUGAUGGUGGCGAGGGACAUUGUUGCGUGGAACUCGAUGAUGGCUGGGUAUCUCGGGAGUGGUCAAGCUGAGGAGACUCUGGGCUUGUUUGCGUCAAUGGUUUCUUGUGAGGUUGUCGCAGAUGGCUUCUCGUAUGCCAUAAUUGUGGAUGCGUGUGGGGAGCUGGCGUUGUUAAAACAGGGGAUGCAGGUGCAUGCACGGGUUCUUGGUGCAGGAUUUGAUUCCGAUGUGGUUGUAAGGAAUUCCUUGCUGGAUAUGUAUGCAAAGUGUGGAUGUGUUGAUUCAGCAGAGCUUGUCUUCAAUGCGGCACCUUCAUUAGAUGCUGUUUUGUGGACUACGAUGAUCUCAGCUUACGGCAAGCUUGGUCGUGCGCAAGAUGCAGUAUGUUUGUUUGAUAGGAUGGCACGUUUGGGCAUCAAAAGAGAUGGAGUAGCAUAUCUUGCAAUAUUGUCAGCUUGUAGCCAUGGCGGACUUGUUCGAGAAGGUUGGUGCUACUUCAAGUUUCUGUUUGAUGGCCAGAGCUCGGUUAAGCUGCAGCCUGAGCACUACGGUUGCAUGGCAGAUCUAAUUUGUAGGAGAGGUCACCUAGAAGAUGCUCUUGAAUUCAUUGAGAGUAUGCCGUUUGAGUCGAGCAUCGCUGCUUGGAGUGCGCUACUUAAUUCCUGUCGAAUCUAUGGGGAUGCUAAGUUGGGUCAGCUUGCAGCGUCCCGUCUACUCGAGCUUGAUCCAGAGAACCACAGUAACUGGGUUGCUUUAUCAAGUAAACAUGCAUCGGAGGGCGAUUGGCAUGAGACAUGGAUGAUCAGGGAGAACAUGAACAGAGAGUGGGUUAAGAAAGAGCCUGGAUGUAGUUGGGUCGAGUUGCAUGAUGGAGUUCAUGUAUUUCUAAUGGCUGAUCAGUCUCACCCUGAAUUGGUUAAUGUACUGCAGACUCUUGAUUCUUUGAAGGAAGAUAUAUGGGUGAUGCCUCCAAAACCAUAGAUGAUUUUUGGUGAUGCUCUUUGAUCAGAGCUAUUUUAAAUCUUGUUGAACAGUAGACAUUGUCCUAGUUGGUUGUUUUCCUUAGAACUAGUGCUACUAGUGCUGUCAAAUAGGGUGUGAGAUGAAAAUAUGUCCAUGGAAAUUUGAGAUUGCAGCAAGAGGAUAAGUAAGGUGAUACGCUUCGGUGACUUGCUUAUGUUGUUUUGUAGAUUAUGCAACAUGCAACGGUUUCCAUGGUGCUGCUUUCAAUUGACCAUGAAGAAGUUUUUUCAUAAAUUAAAUUGUCGA